UGUGCAGAGCCACAUAAACCCUAGCAACGGGUUCAAACACUCAAAGAACCAUCUCCGAUCACGGCGGAAGAAGCUGCGCAGUCGUAGAAAAUUCUUGUACAGUUCUGUUGCUUCUCGAUCGGAGAUGUUGUCGUCCGUCCGAACCCUCCUCUUACGGCGCAGCCUUUCCUCCGUCCCCAAAGCACCCUCGCCUCCUCUUCCAUCUGCCGAGUCUAGCCGUGUGUUUGGAUUGGUCGCUCUGAGCUCGAUCCAGCACUUCUCCGGCUCCUCAUCUGGAAGCGGCGGAGAUGGAGAUGCUAGUCGGGGAGAAAAGGAUGAAGCUUGGGAUAAGAUCUGGGGCGACUCCGAACAGUCCCAGUCCGCUGCCUCCGGCGGUCUAGGCUGGGGAGAGGUUUCUUCGUGGUCCACAGGGUUGACGAAGGAUCACUUUGAUGGGCAGGCCGUGGGUCGCCAGGUCAAUCCCACCACGAGCGAGAUGGUGGACCAGGUGAAAACUAUGGACGAGGAGGACGAACUGAUGCGGGCACUGGAUAAGGACAAUAAGCAAAACAAGGCAUUCGUCGAUGGGUGGGGGGACAAGAUGAAGGAGACGUGUCAUCUUCUGAAGCAGGUAAGGGAACCUGGGAUUAGGGGAGCGUAUCUGAAGGACUCCGAGAAGGCGGAGAUGUACCGGCUCCAUAAAGAAAACCCAGAGGUGUACACGGUGGAGAGGCUAGCCAAGGACUACCGGAUCAUGCGGCAGAGAGUGCACGCCAUCCUAUGGCUGAAGCAGAUGGAGGAAGAAGAGGAGAAGAAGCAGGGCAAGCCAUUGGAUGAUUCUAUCGAGAUCUUGCUAGAUAACUUCCCUGAGUUUUUCACUUCCCAUGAUAGGGAAUUUCAUGUUGCUUCUCUUCCUUACAAACCUAAUUUCAAGGUUAUGCCUGAGGACUGGGAUGGAAUAACAAGGGACCCUGAUGAAGUUCUUUAUGAGAUCUCAAUGAAGGAAGAUCAAAUGUUGUAUGAAGAGUUUGUGCAAAGAUUGAACUUCAACAAGAAGAAAGUUGCUAGGGAGGUCAAAUGUCAUAAGUAUAGCAGAAGGCGACCAUCAUCAGGAUGGAACUUCACUGUCGAGAAGUUAGGCCCUCGUGAUAAACGUGGAAGUGGCGGCGGCGUGAGGUUUGUCAGCUUGCCGGAUGGAUCAAGCCGCUCUCUGAAUGACAUGGAGAAGAUGUAUCUGAAGAGGGAGACUCCCAAGUUUAGGAGAAGAAUAAUUGCUCCCUUCAAGUGACCAGAGUCACAUCUUCUAUCGAUCAUAAUGUUUUUGCCAUUUCGUUAUUUCAUUUAUCAUCUCUGCCAGAAAAAAAAAAAGAAUGGAACUUUUAGAUAACUAGGUGGAAAAUGGUUUCACACCAUGCAGUUCUUGAUAUCAGCAGCGAACACUUGGGCAUCCUAUACAGAUGGAGACCCUCCCUGAACAUGUUGCUCGGCUGCAAGAUUCUAAUAAAUACAUCUUUGUCAUUGAA